UUACCUUGCAGUAUUUCGUAUUUCUUUGUCUUAAGUUUGUUUAACGAAAAAGGAGAUUUUUUUUGCAACUAAAAAUGUGGUUGAAUAUUUAGUUUAGCGUUCAGUGUUGAACUCAAAUAUAAAAGCGUACGACGUAAACAUUGCAAAAAAAAACAAAAAUUUAAAUUCAGCGCCAUCUUCCUUUACACUAAUUAAUAAAUUUUGAAAUAAAAUUUAUAGUCAUAAAAUAAAUAAAUAAAUAAUAUAAAGUGGAAAUAUAAAGAUGCAUUCACCACGACAAGAAUUUUGCGUGCGUUGGAAUAGCCAUUUAGGCAGUAUUGGAGCUGCAUUUCCACAAUUGCUAGCCGGUCAGCGAUUCGUCGAUGUAACUUUGGCGUGCGAAGGUCAUCAAGUGCAUUGCCAUCGUUUGGUAUUAGCCGCUUGUUCAUCAUACUUUGAAAGUUUGCUCUCCGAGAAUCCUUGUAAACAUCCAGUGAUAAUACUACCAAGCGAAAUAAAAUUAUGGGAAAUACAAGCACUGGUUGAUUUUAUGUACAAAGGUGAGGUCAAUGUUACACAAGCUGGUUUGCCACAACUCUUAAGAUGUGCCGAACAAUUGCGCAUACGCGGCUUAUAUGGUUCUGAUGCGGCAUUGAACUUAGAUCAAAUUAAAUCUAUGACAAAUAAAUCUGCAGUAGCAGCAGCAGCAUCCGUUCUGGGUACUGCAACAAAUGACAGUAUUGAAACUGACGACACUGCAACAAACUCCACAACGAGUACAACAACUGCGACAAGUGUCCUUCAACACUCACAGCAUAGUGGUGAUAUGGACAGAGUUGCACAAUUCGUAAAAAGUGAACACCCAUUGCAACAAACAAAUGGUUCAAUUGCCCUGCAACAACAAAACCACUUGAUUCAACAGCAUUUGCAGCAAAUGAAUGCAACUAACUCCAAUGCACCCACUGAAGAUGAAUCUGCAGAUGACUCCACAUCGAAUGCUUACGAUAAUUACGAAGAUAAUUACACAUCAAAUAAAGCGCCGCAUCCACAAUUUGAUUCAACUAUCGAAGACGAACAUAACUAUGUUGGUGGACACGAUGAAGAUAGUUUUGGUACUGCAGCAGAUACCGAACAUGAAACCUCGGCCAAUUCUUCCUUACUACAAGCUUCCAUGGAUGUGUCAGCUUCAUUCAAACGUGUUAGACGCUCGGAGGCAUCACUUGCGCUAGCUGCUAAAUGUGUAUCAAAAGGACAGACUUUCCAAACUGUAAGCAAUAUGUAUAAUAUACCAGUAUCGACGAUACGGUUCUAUAUGGCACGUAAAGGUAUUCUACCGAAGAGAAAACGUGGACGCGGUGCUUCAACUAGCGGCGCUAUUAGCAGUACAAUCUCCAAUACAGUCAUGACGCAAGCACUGGCUCAAAUGAAACGAUCCAUAAGUCCAACGUUAGAGCAGGGCUAUCAUUUGGCAAAUUACAAAAUAAAUGAACAGAGCGCCACAAAUAUGAUUUAAAACUCAACUAAAGUCAGAAGUGCGAAAAUUUUUACGGGUAAGGACGCCAAUUAUAUUUAAGUUUUGUAUAUUAUGUAACGAAUAGCAAUUUUGCUAUUUUGAAU